AUGAUAAAGUCCGGAGAGGUGGCCAAGCUUUGGGGAGAAAAGAAGAAAAACAAACGCUUGAUGAACUAUGAAAAAAUGAGCCGCUCUCUCAGAUAUUCACGCAAGGAAGGCUACUUCAUGGAAAUACCUCGUGAUGGCUCCUAUCCCAAAAAACUCUGCUUCCGAAGUUGGAAAGCACCCCGGGUUGCAUCUGUUCCACGGAGGGUCUUUUUUUUUUCUCUUCGUGUCUUUUUUUUUUCUCUUCGCGUCUUUUUUUCUCUUCGUGUCUUUUUUUUUUUUCUUCGUGUCUUUUUUUUCUCUUCGUGUCUUUUUUUUCUCUUCGUGUCUUUUUUUUUUUUCUUCGUCUCUUUUUUUUUUUCUCUUCGUCUCUUUUUUUUCUCUUCGUGUCUUUUUUUCUCUUCGUCUCUUUUUUUUUUCUCUUCGUGUCUUUUUUUUUCUCUUCGUCUCUUUUUUUUUCUCUUCGUGUCUUUUUUUUCUCUUCGUCUCUUUUUUUUCUCUUCGUGUCUUUUUUUCUCUUCGUGUCUUUUUUUUUUUUCUUCGUGUCUUUUUUUUCUCUUCGUGUCUUUUUUUCUCUUCGUGUCUUUUUUUUUCUCUUCGUGUCUUUUUUUUUUCUUCGUGUCUUUUUUUUCUCUUCGUGUCUUUUUUUUUCUUCGUGUCUUUUUUUUUUUUUUCUUGUCUUUUUUUUCUUCGUGUCUUUUUUUUUUCUUCGUGUCUUUUUUUUUUCGUCUUUUUUUUUCUUCGUGUCUUUUUUUUUUCUUUCGUGUCUUUUUUUUCUUCGUGUCUUUUUUUUUCUCUUCGUGUCUUUUUUUUUCUCUUCGUGUCUUUUUUUUUUCUUCGUGUCUUUUUUUUAUCUUCGUGUCUUUUUUUUAUCUUCGUGUCUUUUUUUUUUAUCUUCGUGUCUUUUUUUUCUUUCGUGUCUUUUUUUUUCUUCGUGUCUUUUUUUUCUCUUCGUGUCUUUUUUUUAUCUUCGUGUCUUUUUUUUAUCUUCGUGUCUUUUUUUUUUCUCUUCGUCACUUUUUUUCUCUUCGUGUCUUUUUUUUUUCUCUUCGUGUCUUUUUUUUCUCUUCGUCUCUUUUUUUUCUCUUCGUCUCUUUUUUUUUUUUUCAAUUUAUACCCGCGAAAGCAUUUCAAAGAAACAUUUUUGUUUUACCUCUGCAACAUCUUAUAUCAGAGUCUGAUUCCGAUCCUCCGACCGGCCCGCUCGGCUUAGCUGAACCGGCCAGAGUUAAUACUCCCGUCGGUGUAGCUCUUUGUGUCGCCGGGGUAGGCAAGUUUGCACAAAGGUCUCAGUAA